AUGAGCAUUUUGCAGACCAUCUUGCCGCGACUUGUCCGGGGCCCAGCGCUGACACUGCCCUGGCGCGCCCGCAGCGAGGUGUUCAAGGGCUUCUCCAAGCUCACACGGCAGCCGGUGGCAAUCAAGAUCAUCGACCUGGAGAAUGCAGAGGACGAGAUCGACGACAUCCAGCAGGAGAUUUCGAUCCUGAGCCAGCUCGACAGCAGCCACGUGACGAAGUACCAUGGCUCGUGGCUGAAGGGCACAAAUCUGUGGAUUGUAAUGGAGUACUGCAGCGGCGGCAGCUGCUCAGAUCUGAUGAAGCCCGGUCGCUUCCGCGAGGACUACAUCGCGAUUGUGCUGCGCGAGCUCCUCAAGGGCCUCGACUACCUGCACGGCGAGGGCAAGCUGCAUCGCGACAUCAAAGCGGCCAACGUGCUCCUCUCGUCCUCGGGCGACGUCAAGCUGGCAGACUUUGGCGUCUCGGGCCAGCUCACGGCAACGAUGACGAAGAAGAACACGUUCGUGGGCACGCCGUACUGGAUGUCGCCCGAAGUCAUCAAGCAGAGCGGCUACGACUUCAAGGCCGACAUCUGGAGUCUGGGCAUCACGGCAAUCGAGAUGGCGAUGGGCGAGCCGCCGUAUGCGGACCUGCAUCCGAUGAAAGUGCUCUUCCUCAUUCCCAAGAACCCGCCGCCGCAGCUCGACGCGAGCUUUUCCAAGACGUUCCGCGAGUUCGUCGCCUUUUGCCUGCAGCGUGACCCCGCCAACCGCCCGACUGCGCGCGAGCUGCUGAAGCACCGCUUCAUUCGCGGCGCCAAGAAGACGUCGUACCUGACCGAGCUGAUCGAGCGGCUAGAGCGCUGGCGCGCCGAGGGCGGCGAUGGACACGACGACGGAGAUGACGGACGUCGCGGCGCAGAGGAGGAGGAUGACGGCGACGACGACAACUGGGACUUCGGCACAGUGCGACGCGGCACAGUUGGGCGUGCAGCAGGCGGCGCACCACCUGCGCCGCAGCAGAACAACGGCCGCGCGCCGCACAAGGAGCUGCCGACGCCGCCGCAAAUGAGCCAGCAGCAGCAGCAGCAGCACCAGCAGGUGCUUGCGGCACACCAGAUGGGCCUGCCCAUGGACCGCUUCAACUCGCAGCGCUCGUCGGGCUCGGCGGGCAGUGGCUCGGCCGGCGGCACUGUGCGCGUGCCGGGUGCCAGUGCUGCGCGCCCAGCGAUCCCGGGUCUGGACAACAAUGCGGCGCCCGGCCCGUCUAACCACGGCCAGUACGACCCCUCGGUGCACAACGUCGGCGGUAGCGGCAUCACUGUCAACGCACGCGACUAUGGCGCUCAGCCGCCGGUGAGCCCGCAGGCGGCGGCCAAGACGCGCAGCUACGAGCAGCAGGCGUCCAUCGAUGCUGCCGCGUACGCAGCCAAUGGCGCAUACGGCACGCCUCAGCGAAGCCGCUACGAGGAGACGCCAGGCGCGCGGCGCGAGGAGUUCAGCACGCCGCCGACUCAUCCUCGGCCGCAAGUCGACAGCGCGGUCGAGGCGGAGCGCCGGCGCAUGGAGGAGAUGCGUCUGAGGCAUCACGCCAAGGACAGCAGUACCGACAGCGAAGGCAGCAUGGACCCUCGCACUGCCGCGGCGCUGGCGGGCAGACAGCAGCAGGAUGCGCAACAGCAUGCACCCUCGCGGCAGGCGCAGGAGGAGGCGCCGCCGUCGGCGCUGCAUGGCGUGUUCCUGCCUGUUCUUGAGCAAAAUCCCGAUGCGCAGCGCACGAUCCUCAAUGUCCGCCGUGCGCUCGAGGCGGCGGAGGGUGUGACACCAGGCCUGAUGAAUGCCUUUGCCACUGAGAUCUUCCACACGAUGGCCGAGAUGGAGCCGGACGCCCACGCCGAGGACGACUACGACGACGACGACUGGCAAGGGCAGUGA